AAUCUGUCAUAAUUUGAGGUUAACAAUAAAGGUAACCUCAAAAUUUCCAAAAAUUAAUGUAAAUUAAAGUUUGGGUUCCCUCGAUUGUUAUUCGUAGCUGUUAGAACAUUUUCUGCUUCGUAUUGAAUUUGUGAAGAAAAUUCCCAGUAAUUAUUGGUAUUUGGGUAUUCGAUGCCAUAAAAGAAAAUCAUGGUCACUAUGAAAAAAUGUGGUGAACGCAUUUUGUUUUAUUCAGGGAAGAAAUUGAUUGUUUACAAUGAAGAUAAUAUCAAAACAGUUGAUUUGCCAGCACCUAUACUCAAGAUACAGAAACAAGAGGAAAACAAUAAAACGAAAGAGGACGUGGAUGCCAUCAUCUCAUGUUUAUCUGUUUCAAAGGAUCAUAAAUAUAUAGCUGUAUCUACUGAGACCAAACAAGUUGUGAUAUAUAAUGAAUAUUUCGAAAUCAUCAAAAACUUUACAGUGCCUAGAAUUGCUAGUAACAUGUGUUUCACUUCGAACGAUUCCUUAAUAGUGGCAGACAAAACCGGUGAUGUAUUUUUAUACAAUAUGAAGGAUGAAAUAUUAACCCCUGUUCUGUUACUAGGACAUUUGAGCAUUGUUUUAGAUGUAGCAUUAACAGAUUGUGGUAAAUACAUUAUAACAUCUGAUAGAGAUGAAAAAAUCAGAGUAUCCAAGUUUCCCAAUUCUUAUAACAUUCAGAGUUUUUGUUUAGGUCAUGAAGAAUUUGUUUUGUCUGUAAUAAUUGUACAAAAUAAAUUAAUCUCAGCAUCUGGCGAUGGUACUGUGAGGUUUUGGGAUUAUCUUGACGGUAAACAACUUUCUGUUAUAAAUACGAAUGAUUAUAUCAAUGAAGAACUUGUCAAAAAUUUCAAAGAAGAAAUGGGUUUACAAGAUGCAGAAGUUUUUGCUCUGCCCAUAACUGAUAUGCAAUGUUUCUCAAGAGAAAAUGAUAUUUUUAUAGGCAUCUCUUUAUUUAAAUAUAAUAAACUUUUGUUGUUUUCACUAAAUCCUUCUUUGAGAAUUAAUUUUUGUAAACACAUCUAUGUUGGUGGUUCAUUUUCUUUUUACUUGAGUAAGGACCUUCUGAUUUUGACGUCUACAAAAAUUUUAUUUUUCAAACUUGAAGGCAAGAAUUAUAGGGAAGAUGCUCAUAAAAACAUCAGCAUAGAUGAUGUGCAUGACUUACGUCUAAAAAGUGAUAACAAUAUUAGUCUCUUGUACAAAAAGAAAUUUGAUAAUAUGGAAGAAUAUAUUGAAAGGAAAAGAGCUCGCUUGAAAUUAAAAUAAUUUUUAUUA